AUGCUCGGUAAUGGCCGACUGACAGCGUUUUGUUUCGAUGGUAAACAACGUCUGUGUCAUAUUCGUGGUAAACUGAGGAAAAAGGUUUGGAUAAACACUGGUGAUAUUAUACUUGUUGGGUUGAGAGACUAUCAAGAUGACAAGGCAGAUGUCAUAUUGAAGUACAAUCCGGAUGAAGCAAGGAAUCUGAAAGCAUGCGGGCAGCUGCCUGAGAACGCGAAACUGAAUGAAGGUGUUGAUGAUCAAGACGAAGGUGGCAUUGAGUUCGCGGAUACGGGUGCAUUGUCGGACGAAGAGAAUGACGCUUCUGGGGACGAAAAUCUGCCAUCGGCAGGAUCCGAAGAUGACUCUGACGAAGACGAAGACGAGGAAGAGAGUUCUGAGGAUGAAGAUCAACUGAAUGAAGAACAACUGGCCAGGGGUCACGGCUACAAGAAACCAGGAUCGAGAGAUCGGUACGCCAAAAGAAAGUACUGA